GUAUUAUAAAUAGUCCCACGUAAUAUCUUAAACCAGAUAUUAUAAUGCAAUUAUUAGCUUGUUUUUAUUAGCAACCCUCUCAUCUCUUCAUCAAAAAUCCUCAACUUCUUGGGCUGAUGACUGCCAUCUUCACGGGCAUCCAAGUGUUAGAUCAUGCAAACAUUUGAAACGCACAACUACUCCUCUCUCUUCCAUAACUGCAACUUUCUCCUCAACUCUAUACCGAUUCAGUAGAUCAGACAGCCAUGCAGACAUACACUCAAGGGAAUGUUCCCCUUAUCUCUGAGGGUCAGUGUGAUGAGGAGGGCUUCGAUCCAAACCAAUCGUUCUGCAUAUCGGAUAAAAUGCCUGAUGAAUCAACUGAUCCAUCUUCUUGGGGAGCGUCACAAGUUAGACUUCAACAAAGCGAUUCACUUCAACAUCAACAUUUUCUAUUGCCUGAAACAAUUCAGACUAAAAGGACUCCAGCGACAACAAAGCAGGUUCAGCGUAAAAGAGGAGUGAAGCAUGCCUCUCGCAUUGGAAAAAAACAACAAGACAAAGCAAAUCUCUGGCCAUCUAAGGUCAACGAUAUCGAUUCAUAUGGGUCUCCAAGACAACCACCGUCCCUUGACGCGGAGCACAACUUUGCCUCCCCAAAGGAAGCCAGAACCGCUUCAAGAAGAAACCGAUAUCAGCGUUAUUGGGGAACGGUUUGCAGAAAAAAAGAGAUCUAUCAACAGGCAAAAUACGCCCCGAGUUUACUGCAGCAACUAGGAAGUACUCCACAGAAUCUACCAGCUCAGCAGAUCUAAACUUCGCGAACAUUGAUCUUAUCUUAGGUGGAGUCUUAAGACCAUUGAGACUCCAAACACGCCAGAUGAAGCAAGGUGGUUCAGUGCAGAUUUCCAAGCCUUAAAGGGAGAGGUGAUUUUCUAAGCCGGUCUCGAAGAACUCAUGUUAUUGACAACACUGUCGAUGAUGAUGGGGCUUCUGAUGGUGCGGAAGACAAUUGGAUUCAUUGCGGUGGCUACUUGGCUCUUUUUAUACUCUUUUCUUGUCAUAUUGGGGAUUUAUUUCGUUCAGAAACUUAAUACCGUUGUUAGUUACCUUACUUAGCCGUGCGCGCUGUAGCUAUACAGGCGAUAUGGCACGUUGUGCCGACCAGGUAAUGGUCGACAUCUGCGCUUCCACAUAGACGUUGGC